CUCUCCCAAGGUCUGGGUUCGAAACAAAAUCGAACAUAUUGCCCCUUCUACUUCAAGAUCAUAGCUUUCCGCCAUACCAAGUCCAGCGUCAGCCCCACCAUUCUCCUCUCCAACAUGUACCAGCGCCCGAACAUAAUCAACCAUGGCGUCGGCGCCCAGGGAAACCUUAUCGAUCCCCGCAAAAUCCAGCAGCACUUCGAAGUACUCUUCCUCCUUCCGUCACUCUAUCCCUUUCCUGUAAUUUCUUCAUGA